AUGAGCACACAAGGUCGACUCCCUCCAAAAAUCACCCGGUCGCGUGGCGGCUGCGAGCGCUGUCGAAGGCGACGUCAGAAAUGUGACCAGAAGAAGCCCUCCUGUGAGAGAUGCGCCCAGGCUGGGGUUGGAGGCUCGUGUCGCUAUGAACUCAAGUUGAGCUGGGGUGGGAGGUCAUUUCGGAAGUCGCCUUUUGGCAAAUAUCUCAACAAUGUGGAGAGAGAUAAUACUGUCGAUGGUCAUGGCUUUGUUUAUUGCGUGCCUCAAUCUCGUCCUCCUCCACCACCUCAUUCUUUCGAACCACCAGCAUCAUCACCGCCAUCAGUCGCUUGUACCUACAACGAGACAAUACAGCCCGAGUCUUUACCAAAUCUGGAAACACCUGAGACCAUAGACGACGACAUCGAACUUAUUAUCCCCCACAGCGACUCUCUGGAAGUCGACCCUGAGCUUGGGUCAGCGGACAACAACUUCACCCUUGCCCUUCCACCCCCAAGCCAAAUAUCCGUCCUACCCCCAAUGGCCCACUACUUGCUCCAAUUCUACCUCGCCGAAACGAUGCGCCUUACCGUCCCAAGCAGCUACGCCAGGACGCAGAUCUGCCACUUUCUCGUCCCCAUGUCGAUGCAGCAGCCCAGUUUGCUAUACGCUAUCAUGGCCUUUGCCGCGGUUCAUCUCGAGGCUUCAGGAAGGCUUCCCAGAAACCCAGGAAGGCUGAUUGAUACGCUACAGUCGACGAGUAUCCGCCAUCUGCGACAGUUGUUAACCGACGAGGACCCUAUAGCGCAGGCUGCUGCGCUCGCUACGGCGAGGACGCUUUGCCAGGCACAGAUCUACGGCGGGACAGCGUCCUGGCGUGUUCAUCUUAAUGGCGCAAGGGCGAUUCUUGAAUCAUCUCACUUCAGAACUCGACUUAUCGGUAGCUGUUCAUGCUCAUCCAUCAACGCAGACUUUCUCUCUAGUUGGUUCAACAACGCAGAAGCACUCGCUGCUCUAAGUCCAUCUGGUCUUCUUCACGGCCAACUCCAAGUCGGUUGCCAUUCAAGCAGAGAUCUCCGUUUCGACAUGUUUGGCGGUGUCAUGUCUGACCUUCCAGAUCUGUUCCGGGAGGUUGGUGCCCUGGUUAAAGAGAGCCGCCGACAGCAGCACAAUCGUAUAUCCGAGGGCACCAUCUUGUCAGAAACCGAUAUCGCUCAAGAAGCGGAUGCCUUGACGCGAGAGAUAUACUCUAGGCUAGAACGUGAUUCUGUCCAGAACCUGGCGCUUCAAACGGAUAUGCUCAUGGGGCUGUCGGCAAAUGACAUACACGACUACGCGUUGAGCAACGCCGGAUUUCUCUAUACCGCACUCCUUCACAUUCACUGCGGAGUGCGGGCAUUGACGGUGGAUGAGGACUCCACAUUUGACAAAGACUAUGGCGUUAUUAGAGGACAUCUGGCAGAAACCGUCUGCAGAAACCCAGAGUUCGCGCGUUUGGUCAUGGUUUGGGGUGACGCAAGGUGCUAG